UGUUUCCGUCUAAGAAACGUUUUGCAACAUAAUCGCCUUAAUGAAUUCGCCCCUGCAAAUUUAACACACAGCUGUUUGCAUGCUCACCGCAAUGACAUCGGGCGCACAUACGGAGUAAUAUUUUACACGUUUGCAGAAUGCAUCGAAAUCAUUUAACACUUUUCGUCUCGAUCUUUGAAUUCUUUCCAGGACUUGGGUGUUAGGGGUUUUCUGUCGUUAGAUAGGCUACGGAGAUACGAUCACUGCCAAAAAGGUUUGAUAUUUCAAAUAGUUACUGUGUACAAUGUUGCCUAAUUCCUGUGGACUGGUUUAGUGCAAAUGGUUUAGGGUUACUUUGUAGCACAGCGUCUUGAUAAUACUCAUGGAAAUUUGAAGUUACGAGUCGAUGGUCAAUUCAAUGAUGGCAUAUACUGUACAUACUCAACUUUUUUGUCGUGGUGCUCUCCUCAAUGGAGUAUCCUAUUUCGUCGAUUCCCAGAGCCAGCUGUCCUGGAGUGUGGCGGGUGAGGAUCAGAGAGAGUGAGGCUGUUGUGAAGACUUGGACAGUAUGAGUUUGGUGGAGAUCAGACAUGCUGUUGGGUCCAUGACCCUGUCCUUAUCCAGCACAGACUCCAAAGAGAGGUACUUUGACCGGGUGGACGAGAGUGACCCUGAGUACCUCCGCAGCAGGAACAUGUCACCUGAAAUACAGCAGGACUUCAACAUGAUGGAGCAAAAGAAGAGAGUCACUCAGAUCCUACAGAGUCCAGUGUUUAAGGAUGAGCUGGAAGGCCUGAUCCAGGAUCAGAUGACUAAGGGCAGUAAUCCAACAGGGCUGCUGGCUCUUAGGCAGGUAGCUGAUCUGAUCAUGGCUAGUUCUGUGGGAGGGACAGGCUCCUUCACAUCUCCUCUCAGCCCAGGGAUGGUCGCCCCAGUCAAUGACCUCUAUGGGGUAGAGUCUCCAUCCUUUACCAAAGGAGAGAAACAGUGUCGCUGUAAGCUAGCCAGUGUCUACAGACUGGUGGACCUUUUCAGCUGGGCCCAUUUCACCAGCUCAUACAUUACUGUCCGGGUUAGCAAAGAACAAGACCAUGUUCUUAUCAUCCCACAAGGGCUCUCUUUCACUGAAGUGACGGCUGGCAAUCUGGUGAAAGUGAACAUGAUUGGUGAUGUUGUCGACCAGGGAUCCACCUACCUGGAGGUGGACCACUCUGGCUUAAGCCCUCACGCUGCUGUCUAUUCCAUGCGCCCUGACGUCAAGUGUAUCAUACACAUCCACACCUCUGCCACUGCUGCUGUGUCCUCGAUGAAAUGUGGCAUCCUGCCCAUUUCCCAAGAGGCUCUGGUUCUGGGCGAUGUUGCCUACUUCGGUUACCAAGGCUGUCUGGAUGAUCAAGAAGAGAAGGUGGAGUUCCAGAAAGCCCUAGGGCCCACUGCCAAGGUGCUUGUUCUGAGGAACCAUGGCCUGGUUGCUCUGGGGGAAACUAUUGAGGAGGCUUUCCACUACAUUUACCACUCACAGCAAGCUUGUGAAAUCCAGGUCAGUGCUCUGCGGUGCUCUGCAGGAGUAGAGAACCUGGUGCUCCUGGACAGGGAGAGGCUCAAGCCCAUGACCCACGGAGUGGCUGCUGCUGGGGUCACCGUGGACAGUGAAGUCAAGUGGAAAGUGGGUGAGGCAGAGUUUGAGUCGCUCAUGAGGAUGCUGGACAACCUGGGUUACCGUACAGGCUAUACGUACCACCACCCCAUAGUGAGGGAAAAGAUUCGGACCAAAAAUGAUGUGGAGAUUCCUGCCACGGUCUACACUGUCCCUUUGCAGGACAGUGAUCUGGGUCAGAGAAACCCCUUUAACUUCCUGGUGCAGAAACAGCAGAGGGAGAGGGCGCGCUGGCUCAACUCUCCCAACAGCUACCUGAAGGUCAAUGUGCCUGAACGCUCACUCAGCGGAGAGUGUAGCCCCAGAACCAAGACCAUGUGGAUGAAAUCUGAAGAAACCAGCAAUGGCACUGGCACCUCCAUAAAGAUUGAGGACCCCAACCAGUUUGUUCCCCUUAAUACAAACCCCACUGAUGUUCUGGAGAAGAGGAACUGGAUAAGGCAACAGAACACUGUUGAUCACAUGACUCCAGGACCAAAGUCCCAUCUUCUAGCUAGCAUCGUUGUGGACACCAUACCAGGACCAGCCUUUAUCAUUGAGGAUGAGGAGCAGAUGCGCUCUCUUCCUCCCAACCCCUUCAGUGAGCUGACAGAGAAGGUGCUAGAAGAGUAUAAGAGCGUUGUGGAGCGAAGGCAGCUGGGCCAGGAUGAUGCUGUCACAGAUGCAGAUGAGAUGACAACAUUUGACGAGUCUACCAUCUCACUGUCCCUGUCUCCACUCGUGUCUCCUGCCAAAGAGAUUAUACCCAAUGGGAAAGAUUAUAUGGAAGAACUGGAAGAGAAACUAAACAUCAAAGUAUCCAAGCUCAGCAUAAGCACCACAGAAACGGUUGAAAUAUCCAUAACAACCUCAGAGAAAUCAGGGGGAGACAAGACCCCUGACAGCCAAACCAAGUCCCCCAAGAAGAAAAAUAAGUUUCGCACUCCCUCCUUCCUUAAAAUGAAUUAAAAAAAGGAGAAGGCUGAGGCCUAGAAGGAGAGACACUGAAGAAUGACAGGUCAGCUUAUUUGGUAUGAGAUGAGCUCAUGGGAUGAGAUGUGUUCCUUAGAGAGGAAAUGUAUGAGUCACUAAGAUCUUAAUAGAUCUCCAGCUUUUGGGAAGGAGCAACUGUAACAAUAAGCCUGUUAUUACAAUCUCCUUAUAACUCAAUCACUUCCUCUGAGGGCUCCAAACAUGGAUAGGGCUCCAGGCAUGAUGGGUUGAACAUGUAGUAUAUCAGCUGCAUUGUUCUUAGUAUCUACUAUAGCCAAAUCGCUAUUCUGUAAUCCAAAACAAUUAUAUUAUACUGUGCAGAUACAGAACCUCGUUCUUUAAAAUAUAAAACUCUUACUGAAAUACCACAUUGCCUGCUAUGUAUUUGUGGUCAGAUACUUUUUCCAUUCAGCUCAUCAUUGAACAGUAGGCCAUAGAUGAAGGUGAGACAUAUACAUGUAAUCUACUUUGUGCAUGACACAAGUCAUUUUUCCAACAAUUGUUUACAGACAGAUUAUUUCACUUUUAAACUGGAUCACAAUUCCAGUGGGUCAGAUGUUUACAUACACUAAGUUGACUGUGCCUUUAAACAGCUUGGAAAAUUCCAGAAAAUGAUGUCAUGGCUUUAGAAGCUUCUGAUAGGCUAAUUGACAUCAUUUUAGUCAAUUGGAGGUGUACCAGUGGAUGUAUUUCAAGGCCUACCUUCAAACGUAAAUGCUUCUUUGCUUGACAU